AUGACUUUUAGUCCAUUAUUAUUGACUUUGGUGGUGGUCUUAAAGGCACUUCUUUAUGAGAAGAAAGGAUCAGAAUGGACGUGUUUAGACGGGUCAGCAACGAUACCGUACGAAGCAAUUAAUGAUGAUUAUUGCGAUUGCACAUCUGCAUGUCCAAAUGGCAGGUUCUAUUGUACAAAUGUCGGGUAUUUUCCGGCUUAUAUAUCAUCUGAACGCGUAAAUGAUGGUGUUUGCGAACCUGAAUGCUGUGAUGGAUCAGAUGAAUAUGAUGGAAAGAUUGUAUGUCCAAAUAAUUGCAAGGAACUCGGUGAUGAACAUCGUAGGCAUAUACAAGAAUUGGCCAAUAUUAAAAUCGAGGGAGCACGGAUAAGACAGGAAUAUAUUCAAUAUGGUAUAACAAAGAAACAGGAACGUGAAGCUUCCUUGGAACGAUUAAAAAUCGAGCUUGAGUCCGCAAAGGUUAAAGUUUCAGAACGCGAAGCUGUAUUGAAAAGGGCUCAAGAGAUGGAAAAACUCGAGUCUAAGGCAAAAGGUAAUGGCCGAUUAAAGGAAUGUCGAGAGAAAUUAAGAACAUUGCAGGAACGGAAUGAAGAACUUCGUGAACGAAUCGACACAUUACUUAAAAUUCUGGAAGAAAUGAAAAAUGAUCAUAAUCAAAAUUACAAUGAUGUUGCUGUUGAAAAUGCCAUCAAAAGAUAUAACGAAUUUAUAGAAGUGGAAUUGGAUCAAGAGGAAGAAAUUUAUGAAGACGAAAUAGAGGAAGAGAAUCAGGUUCCUGAAAUUCAGACCAAACUUUCGUUAAGCGAACGGGUUGCCGAAGCUUUCUUAGACCUUUAUGAUGACGUGUUGGAAGCAUUUGGAUUAUCAGAAUAUACCAUUGGUAAAUCCGAGCGACAAUUCUCUAGGCCUUCAGGUGAUGGUAAAUCCAAAGAAGUAACAGUGGCAAAUGAUGCGCUAAACGAAGCAAAAGAAGCGAAAAGCAGUAUUGAAAAUGAAAUUGAGGAUAUUAACGAAAAACUUGCAAGGGAUUAUGGACCUCAGCAAGAAUUUACAAAAUUAGAAGAGACAUGCGUUAGUUACGCUGAAGGACAGUACACUUACACAGUGUGUUUAUUUGACAAGGCAACUCAAAAAAGUGCUCAGUAUAAAUAUACACAUAUAGGUAACUUUGCAAAAUGGAUUGGGUCUGAAUCAAGGGAUGAUCCAAAAUAUUAUACAGCACAAUUAUAUGAUCAUGGAGCAAGGUGUUGGAAUGGACAGGACAGAUCAGUUAAGGUAUAUUUCGAAUGUGGCAUAGAAAACAAAAUUCUUUCUUUUUCUGAGCCUGAAGAUUGUCAAUAUUUAAUGAAUAUGUCAACGCCAAGCGUUUGUUAUGAGAAUUUCGAGAAAAAUAAAGAUGAUGAAUCAGUUCAUGAUGAAUUGUAA